GCGGGGAGGAGGGGAAAAGGGUUGAUUUGCAGGACAACGUGUCCAUGUGUGCUGCGCGUCGCAUCAAUGUCUCUAUCACUUGAGUACAUUGAUGCUUGUCUUCCAAUCACGGCGACUAAAGCCUUCGUCUUGGGAGAUGCGAGGCUUAUAUUGCACGGACAGGGUCCUUAUACCCGCUUAAUUGAUGAGACGAGUGGGCAACUGCUUGCAGAAAUCAAAACCUUUAAGAGAAGUAAUGUCCAUGGCUUUCUCCUUCCGGAAGAGGAGCUGCAGAAAACUGGAAGCCAGCCGAUUCGGAUUAUUACAUGGGGAGGACCAUCCGUGCGAAUUAUUGAGUUGAGUGCUCGCCAAAGUGAAUCUACAGUCUUGGGUGCCUUCUUUAGUGUUGUUAGUGCCGAAUUUUUGGCACCGGACUGGAUCUUGAGCGGAUGUUCUGUCUGUGUUGAUGGAGAGGGCAGAGCCUGCUUCCUGACAGCGCACAAUGCGCUCCUUGGGCUCCGCUUGGUUGAUUCGGGCUCGCCGAAGUAUCGGAAAAACAUUCAGAUACAACAAUUAGCCACAGGCGUCAAGUCUAUCCUUUAUUCCGCCGAUAUCGUUUCCCUCUCCUCCACUCAUGUCUUGAUUGCUGCUGGAACGGUCUUUGGGGAGAUCAUUGUUUGGUCUUGCUUUCUGAACGAGAUUGGAGACGCCUUUUCCAAUACAAUCAGCUCUAUCCACCAUUUCUUCACUGGACAUGAGGGGUCUAUCUUCGGCGUCAGGAUUUCCUCUGUAGUUCCUUCUCUGCAGGGAAGCAAUUCCGGGCGGUUGCUGGCAAGCUGCAGCGACGAUAGAACUGUAAGGGUAUGGGACAUCUCGGAUUGUGAUCAGGUCUCUCGCCACGAUCCCCCUUCCUACUCUACAGAUGGCUUCGAGCUUCGCAGCACGGGUUUUGGUGACGUGGCUACAAUUCGCAGCUCAGAGUCUUACGUUGCAAAGGCCUUUGGUCACUCUGCUCGAAUUUGGGGAGUUUACUUCCUGCCCCGAACGAAAGCUGAUCAGCCGCAGCUGAAUUUUGUCUCUCAUGGCGAGGAUUCGACGUGUGUUUUCUGGGAACUCACCUGGGAGCCGCGCCUGACAGGAGGAAGGCCUGAUUUCCGACUACGCGAGACAAAUUCUAUCCACCAUCACUCGGGGAAACACAUAUGGUCACUCGAUGUGGGUGGGCGUAAUGAAGCCCCGGUAAUCUAUACCGGUGGUGCGGAUGGUGCUCUUAAAAAUAUUGGAAUUGAGUCUUAUUGGAAGGAAAGACCUGACUACAUGUCCAAUAGAAAAGUGGCCCCUUCUAGCGUCAAGACUCGAAAGCACUCGCAUCAAUUACAAGGUGCCCUCAAAGCAUUCGAUCUUGUCUCUCAGGACUGUUUCCUUGGUGUGACCUUUCAAGGCGAAGUCAAGCUUGGAUGGGUUGGAACAAACAACGAUAACGUUUGUCAAGAUGAGGAUGGCUCUGUUCGAUGGGAAACAAUCGCGACCGAGGAAGACUUCCGUUCUUUUGCCGUCACGUCUAGCUGUUCGCAGAGAGGCCUGGCUCUGUUAGGCAAUGAAAGGGGUCUGAUCCGAUUAUACGAACACGAGUCCAAGACAUUGUCUACUCUCAUACAAGUGUCAGAAAGACCAGUUGGUCUGUGGCUACUUGAUUCUUCAGAGAGUAAUAGAGGCGAUAUCUAUUUCAUAUCGUCUGAUCCAGCAACCCAGAAGACGAGUUUGGUCAUGAUCAAUGGAAGAAAUACCGGACAGCCGACGAUAAAGAAUUUCGAUGUUGCUCUACCAAUCGAUUUCGAGGUGACAUGUGCUUCCUUUGCCUGCGAAAGCCAGUACCUUGUGCUUGGUUCAAAGAUCGGUGCCCUUGCCGUUUACAAAGUCUCAGCGCUUACGCAGAUACUGGAACCGCUUGAGGUAUUGAGACGCGUACACGGUAAAGUAGGUGUCAGUCAGGUCAUGCCCAUUCCUUCAAAAGAACGCAGUUUAACUACAUUUUCCUCCUUCUUCCUCACGUGUGGUCGGGAUGGUAACUAUUGCAUAUACGAAAUCAGCCGAGAAACGGACGAACAGACGGCAUUCGUGCAAUUGGUCCACCGGUCUCUUGCACACUUUGGCCAAAAUGUGGAAGGGGCCUACUUUGACCGAGAAACCGAGGACCUCAUAUUAUAUGGCUUCGGGGGCACCCAGUUUAUCGUAUGGAACGAAUCCCGACAGACAGAGCUGAUGCGCGUCGAGUGCGGUGGAGGUCGUCGCCGCUGGGCGUUUGGCGUGAACGAGGCCUGUCGCAAUUAUCUUUUGCUAUGGAACCAUGCCGCCAAGUUCAAUAGUACCCGACAGAGUUAUACGCCGGCCUACCGCACUCUUCGCGCCGGCGGGCAUGGACGGGAAAUCAAAUCUAUGGCCGUCUGCAACGAUGUUCGAGACAUUGGCACGCUGAUUGCUACGGGUGCCGAGGAUACCGCCGUCCGCAUCUUUUCACCUGCCGAGUCGUCAAAACGAGAGGGUCCCUGGGGUACGUUCAAGUGCCUGCGCGUCAUGAACCAGCAUGGCACGGGUCUUCAGCAGGUGAAAUGGUCGAAGGCAGGGGACUACCUGUUUAGCAGCUCUGGUCUCGAAGAGUUCUUUGUCUGGCGGGUUACGUCUGUCCCAGUCUUUGGCGUGGCUUCUGUUCUGAUCGCGUCGGCCCCGAAAGAGGACCUCAAGUCGGAUCUCCGAGUAACGAGUUUCGAUAUGCUUCAGCUUGAAGGGUCCGAUCAAUUUAUUUUCUGCCUAACCUACUCGAAUUCUACUCUGAAGAUUUUCCAUUUUGCCCCAUGCCGGGACCGCGGCGAUUUCAUCUUGCUGGCCAGGGGCAGAUACAUGACGAACUGUCUCACGCAGGCGCAGUUCGUGGUCAAAGAAUCGUCGAUUAGUCUGAUCACCGCCGCGACAGAUGGAUACAUCACGGUUUGGAACCUGACGCCGGUUCUGCAGCCGUUUUACACGGUCUCGUCAGGAUCCGUAGGACUAAAGAGACCUCUGGUCACUGAUGAAAUAACACCUCAGGCGAUGACCUGUGAGAACCGCUACCAAAUCCAUUCCAACAGCAUCAAAGCACUGGAGCUUGUGCACCUAUCUGAAUCGCAGUCUCUAGUCGUCACUGGCGGAGACGACAACUCCGUGUCUGUCUCGCUGUGGGAUAUAUUUGAGCUGAGUGUAGCGACUGUGACUAUAGCAGACGCUCAUGCGGCAUCUGUGACGGCCAUCAAGGUCUUGAACCACACCCAGGAAGCAGAUGGAAUGACACACAGGCUCGUGAUCGCAUCUUCAGGAAACGACCACCGCGUCAAAGUCUGGUCUGUGAGCGUGGGUCCCCUACAGAACGGGCCACAGAGGAUUGGGAUCAAGAGCCUCUUGGACGAGUACAGCUCUGUGGCGGAUAUAUCAUCUUUGGAUGUAUUACGGGACAACCAGCUUCUCGUGUGUGGAGUUGGAAUGGAGUUGUUUAGAUACUGUUGAUCUUUGGCAUCUGGAAUUAAAACAAUCAGGAAUCUCCGUGUCAAAACAGGUUAGACAUAGAGCC